UACAUGUCUUACACGAUUUUGAACUGUCAGAUGUGUAAACAAAAACUGUAAAAAAGUGUAAAUGAUGUUAUUAUUAUUAUAAAUUGGACGAAAAGGCUUGAUAAAUCGAUUGACAAAAUGGUAGAGGAAACCUGCAAUACAACAAAUAAACCCAAGGUUAAAACUACCCACAAACCAAAAUAUGUGUAUUUGUGGACAGUUCUGGAUGUGCAGAGGUGGUUCAGGAGACGCUGUGAGCUGUACUAUCCUAGCUAUCAUCAGCAAUUCUUGAACCAUGAAAUAACUGGAAGGGCACUUCUCAGAUUCAACAAUGACCAUCUGCUGCGAUUGGGAAUCACAAACAAGGAGCACAGGGAGGCAAUCUGGGAGGAAAUACUGAAAUUGAAGUUGAAAAAUGAUAUUAUGGAUAUUAGGGAUUUACAACGAAGCAACAUGAAUAUGGUUUAUGAUUAUGCUAUUGCAUGAGCCAAAGCAUUGCAAAUAUUAACUCUUAAUUGCUUUAAUUUUAUACUGAUUUUGAAUUUA